AUGAACAAUGAGAGCGAUGAGGCUGCUUCCCCUAAGUUUGAAAUCAUAACAGUAAAGGGAAGGGGCAGCAGCAGCAGAGGACACACAGGCUCAGGCAUUGCAACUUACCUAAUCGACGAAAAAGGAAGAACAGAGCGAUUUUCAGGCCAAUAUGUCUCAGGGAUUAGGCAAGGGGCAGGAGAAUACAGAUUUGCUGACGGCUCGCAAUUCAAGGGUAAAUAUGAAAACAAUAAAAAACACGGACUUGGCGAGGCCCUGUACAAGAACGGGCGAGAUACUGGUGAAGGGGAAGCAGGCACAAGCGGUGACGCUAGAUACAUAGGCCAUUUUGUUGGAGGUCAAAGGCAGCCCUAUGGCACCUUGAUCUAUUCUAAUGGAGACGUAUAUGAAGGGGAGUGGUUUGCUGGUCAGAAACACGGCGAGGGCUCAUAUCGCUUUUGCUCUGAUGGGUCAAUCCUUUCUGGUUCUUGGGAGGCCGGGUGGCUAAAGAAGGGGCGCUGGAUCCUUCCGACUGGUGCGGUUUACAUAGGAGAGUUUGUACUGAACAAACCUAAUGGGCGUGGAGCCUGGCUCAUUCCGAGUGGGAACCAAACGAAAAAAACAUCUGAUCAGACAGGCAAUGAGGAGGGUUCGGCAGAUGAAGAGGGGAUUGCGAAAUACGAAAUAGCCAAAAUUGACGUACAAUACAUUUGUACCGUCACCACCAGGGAGUAA